UGUGGUAUAACGUCAGUCGUGUGUAAUGUGUAUCUAUAGUUUCCUUCUGUUUUGAAACCCAAGCAAAGCUAAGUGAUUUAGUUCCUUGAGCAAUUAAAAAGGGUUUCACUUGUGUUGAUAGUGUUAAUCGACAGUUUUUCGAAGAUGGAAAAAAGACUUGUUUUGGAAUUAAGGGGAAGGAGUCCCUCUCAGAUCCAAGAGCUCAAUUUGGAUAAUUGUAAAAGCACGGCCAUUAUAGGUCUCACAGAUGAGUAUACAAACCUUGAGAACCUGAGUCUCAUCAACGCUGGUCUCACAACACUCAAAGGUUUCCCCACUCUGCCCAAGUUAAGGAAGCUCGAGCUCUCCGACAACAGAAUAUCACAGGGACUCAACUUCCUGAGUGGAUGCAAGAAACUCACCCAUCUAAACCUCUCAGGCAACAAAAUCAAAGAUUUAGAAACAUUAAAGCCAUUACAGGAGUUUGAGAACCUAAGGAAUCUGGAUCUCUUCUAUAACGAUGUCACCAACAUUGAGGACUACAGAAGUAAAGUGUUUGCUAUGCAUCCGUCACUUAAAUAUUUAGACGGUUUCGACAAAGAAGACCGUGAAGGUGACGACAGUGAGGCUGAUGAAGAUGACGCUGAAGAAAUGAACGGAAAUAAUGAUAGUGACGAAGAAGAUUUGGACUUAGAUUUGGCUUCUCUAGCGAUUGAUGAUUCUAUAUCAGAAGGUUCAUCGCCAAGUCUGCUAGUAUCUUUAUACACAGUGUACGGUCUACUAUUCCACUUGGGUUAUAUAAUGAAAAAGUCUGGUGAUGAUGACGAUGAUGUGUCACUGCGUGCCGUGUACAGGGACAAUCUUGUUGAAGAGAGUUCAGGCAGCUCACUGUAUGAGGGAGAGGAGGAGGAGGAAGAUGACGAUGAUGAUGAUGAUGACGACACACAUAAGGAAGUCGAUCAAAACACGCACGAGGAAGAGAGCACUCGAGGUAAGAAGAGAAAACACGAAGACGACGAGAACUGAGCUGCCUUAGAGAUGUAAGUGUACAGAACAAGAGCCAACACCAGCGACCAGCGACCCGUGACCCGCCACCACCUGAAUUGUUUAUGUAAUUAAUAUUUUUUAUUCUAUUGACAUGCUUAUUUUUUAGUCUAAUCGUUGAGAUGCAUGAUCUAGAUUAGCCCACGGAUUUUAUUGAGUAUAGAUUUAAGACAUUCGAUACGCUACGGUCAGCGACGAGUCCGUGUCGUCCCGCGCGUGUAAACCCAAUCUAAGUAGAUGUUACACUGUUUUUUUAUUAAUGUACAGUCUUUCACACGUUUACACGUUUUUAUAGUGAAGAUCACAUCCUCUAGCGUACAGAGCUUCAUACUCGACUUAUUCAAACAAUAAACGAUGUCAAUUGCUUCCUGUAUCACGCCAAAAAUGAGAACGUCUCGACACAUUGGGUUCACUUAUUGUUAACGAGAGAUCUUUCAUCUUUAGGAGCAUUUGUAUAUAAAAGCACGGAACUUUAAUACCGAAAGCCGCCGACAGAGAGCGCUUGGGGGUAGUGUUUUAUAUGGGAGUUUUGGUAAGGAUGACUUUUACUGAAACCGAGCGGGUAAUCGAGAGAUGGGGAAAAUUAAUGAGAAAUAUAUUUUUUAGGUCGCAGUCCGUGAGCUGCCAGCGCCCUCUGUCGCGCGUUUAUUCAAUGUGUUUCCCCGACUUGUGUUUCUUAUAGAUUGUUGUAUAAAUUUGAUCUAACUAGAUGAAAUUCUUUGAUAUCGAACGAUUUCAGAGAAUAUUUUUCUACAUCGUUUUAAAUUUUAAAGAGCAAUUUAUGCACUAAGUAUAUCAAUGAUAAUUUAUGAAGUGUUUGGUUGUCAUCGGUGAAUGUGCCGGAUGUGUUGAAGAUGGUUUUAGUUAAUAAUUUUAUUGUAUUGUGUAAGUCAUUAAGUUUAAGUAAUUUACAACUUGGCCUGUUGAUAUAUAUUAUAAUCCUAUUAAGACUAUUUCUGGGAUUGUGAAAUAAAAACUACAUACAA